UGCACAACUAAAAAUUGUGCGUUGUGUGAUAACAAUAACGCAUGCACUAAGUGCAUUGACGAAUUCCAAUUGUCAAGUUCAAAGGCGUGUUUCUCCGCAACAAACGCAUGCGGAGACGGGCAAUAUGGAACGGCCGGAAACUGUCAGGACUGCAAGGUGACAAAUUGUAAGAAGUGCUCCACUGAUGGUAACUCGUGCAGUGAAUGUACUGGAAAUUAUAUGCUCGAUCCAAGCAAGACAAAAUGCGCAGUUGAAUGUCCACAGAAUUCUUUUAGUAAUAACCAAAUCUGCUACAAAUGCACUGAAAACUGCGCGAAAUGCUCAGGAGAAAGUGCGUGUGAUGAGUGCGAAAGUGGUAUUAAAAUUAAGUAUGAGGGAAAAUGUUAUAAAACUUGCCCAGAUCAUACAUUUGAGGCGGUGUCUGGGGUGACGUGUGAAGUGUGCAAAGAGAGUUAUACAACACCAUGUAAAGAAGACGACAAAGAAUGCAUUAAAUGCACUACAAAAAAUUCGGAUCGUGCCACAUUAGCUUGGGUUUUGGCGCUGUCUGUUGCUGUUUUGAUGAUGAUUUAA